GUGAAGAGAAAACCCGACUACUUGUUCUUCCUUAGAACUCACUCAUUACGACCAACUUCAUCUUUUCCACCAGCUCCACCUUCCAAUUCUCCACUGAUUCUUCUUCAUAAUCCAUCUAUAUGUUCAGGUAGAACUUGGGGAUCAUCGCCGUUGAUACUCCUUAGAUUACAAUCCACGCAACAACAAAGGAUGAAAUUGGGCAGGCAACAACACCAACAAGAACAUCAGCGUUUGACCACUUCAAUUAGGAGUAAGGCUGCUCAUUUUGUGACUGAUCUUACCACAGUUCUUCUUAAUCCAAUAUCUGACAAACCCUCAUCCAAUCCCUCACCUCGCACUGGAGAUGCGAGUAGUGAACCAAGGAGAAAUACACAACAAUGUAGCUCAGAGGAAGAUGUCCCGGUGUUGGUUGAUGGUCCAGAUACUUCCUCUUUCACCGCAUUUCUCUAUUCAUUUUUGUCCCCGGGAAGAUCAGGAAAUGAGUCUGAGUAUGCCGGAUGGAAUGAGAACAGAAAUGAUGCACCAUCCACAAACGUUUUGUUAAAAGAAAAUAGCGGAAAGAAAGGUCUUUUCUCUAGGGGGAAACAGUCACUUGGCAAGGCUCUCUCUCAGGCUGCUAGGUUUGGUGGGUAUCGGUCCCAUGCCUCUGGGAAGGUAAACACCGAAUCCAAGAUUGAUGACACGAAAGAAACGACCUCUCAAUUUGGCACUGAUUUGGGGGUUCCUGUGGAAAGUCCGAGUGAGCCUUUUCCGUGUGAUAAACUUCCAAAAAUGUCAGAACCUUCACAGCUUAUGACCGAAGAUACACGAAGUGCUCUUUAUGUUGCACUCCCUUCUCUCAGUCAAGGAAAGAAAUGGGUCUUACUAUACAGUACGUGGAGGCAUGGUAUAUCUUUGUCAACUUUAUAUAGAAGAAGCAAUCUUUGCCCCGGGCUGAGCCUGCUGGUCGUUGGAGAUCGUAAAGGUGCGGUUUUUGGUGGUUUAAUUGAGGCACCCUUGAGACCAUCAACAAAGAAGAGAUACCAGGGAUCAAAUAAAACGUUUGUUUUUACAAAUACAUCUGGUCGUCCUGUUAUAUUUCGUCCAACAGGUAUGAAUCGCUACUUCACUCUUUGCUCAACUGAGUAUUUAGCACUUGGUGGGGGAAGUCAUUUUGCAAUGUAUCUUGAUAGUGAUUUAUUGAACGGAUCAAGUUUGGCCUCAGAAACGUAUGGUAACUCUUGUUUGUCACACACUGAAGAGUUCGAAGUGAGAGAAAUUGAGUUGUGGGGGUUUGUAUACGCUUCAGAGUACGAAGAUGUGAUAUCUAUGUUGCGAACAGAGGCACCGGGGAUUUGCCGUUGGUAGCGUAACACCACAAGAUGGCCUUCAUUUUGUAUAUAUUUUUGACAACUUUGAUGUCUUCCAUUUGCUAGCAACUUGUUUGGUUUCAAAUAUGAGCUACUUAAAAAAAAACCAUGGCUUUCUAUUAUAUGGAAGAAAAAAUAACUUCAUUUUGUAUA